UAGACGGCGCAAACGCGGAAGUGCUUCUUGUUUUUGGCCGUCUCCAUGGAUUGAGCUCAAAAUAACAAUAAUAUAAGGUCAUAGGCAUCACGGAGGGAGCGAUCUCUUCUGACACGGCAUGACAAUGUUCGGGAAGUCUUCAGGUUAUGAGUAUCAGUGUCUGUCGCAGAGAGAUUCAGUGUACAGUAACACUCCUGGACUGUUUUCAUCUCAUGCUGCAUUCGCUCAGAGUAAUUAUGAUCAGAGAGGACUUUCGUUUGAUUAUGUGCCUAAAGUCUCUCAGAACGACUUCACAGAUAAAUCUCAGGGAUUGUUGUCCUGGAUUUGCAACUUGAUCGUAACAUUCCUGGUUUUCCUAGUUACCUUCAUAACUUUUCCCAUAUCUGGAUGGUUUGUCCUAAAGGUUGUACCGAACUAUGAGAGGAUUGUUGUUUUUCGUCUGGGCCGGAUCCGUCCUCCUAAAGGUCCAGGAGUGGUUCUGGUUCUGCCUUUCAUUGAUCAGUGGCAGAGAGUUGACCUGCGGACCAGAGCCUUCAGCGUCCCACCAUGCAAGAUCACCACCAAAGACGGUGGUCUGGUGUCGGUUGGAGCGGAUAUCCAGUUCCGGAUCUGGAGUCCGGUGAUGUCCGUGGUGGCGCUGCAGGAUCUGAACGCCUCCACCCGCCUCACCGCCCAGAACGCCAUGAUGCAGACCCUGAGCAAAAAAACCCUGAGAGAGAUACAGACCGAGAGGAUCAAACUCGGUGAACAUCUCGGGAUGGACAUGAAUGAGAUGACGAAGCCGUGGGGGCUGGAGGUGGACCGUGUGGAGCUGAUCCUGGAGGGGGUGCUCCGGGAACCGGACGGGGGACACGCGGGGCCCAUCAUUAUGCCCCCGUCUGUCCCUGGGCUGGAAGGACUCACUGGACCCAUACAGCAGCUCGCAAUGCACUUCCUGAGCCAGACGGCUGCGUCCCAAUCCAGUCAAGAUUCAGUGAGUUUCACAGAUGAGCUGCGUUCAGCUGCAGCUGUGAGUGUCAGUCGUGUGGAUGGACUGAUGGAUGCAGUCCGGUCUGUGUUGUCAGAGCAGCUGGUUCAUCAGGUGGGAGCCUGUUACCGCUUUCAGAUCACCACUGGCUCUGGACAGAACAACUGCUACUAUGUGGACCUGACACAAGGUAAGACUGAGAGAAUUAAAAGCACUCUAAACACUCUUUACUAGGGAUGCACCGAUAGGAUUUUUUUUUGUGUGGCCGA